GCUGCAAACUAAAUACAACCCACCGCGCAGAAGUCUUAAAAAACACACAUCGAGAAAGCGCAAGUAGCUAGUGACGUCAGUAUCCGAGGCGGGGCGCUGACCGUGGUGCUGAACGCGCCUCUCGCCUCUUGGAGUUGAGUACAGGACACGGGGUACCAGAGCAUCACUCAUCUCACUAUCCUCCAUCGCAUUCGCCUCUGACCUACUUCCGCUAUAAUCACAUCACCCCUGAAACGUGAGAGCCGCUAUGCCGAAUUAACGAGAGCUGUUUGGGCUUGAUGGGCAGGAUGGCUUCCGUGCGCGCGCUGCUCCUCCUCGCCUUGCUCUCUGUCCACGCGCUCGCCGUUGCCUUCGCGGACAGGAAAUUCGGUUGUCUGUUUGAAGAUGAGGUAUGUGAGUCGUAUGAAGCCUGCAUCAACGAUGGGGUGUUUGGUCAGUGUAAGAGUUAUUCAGGUUCAGUUCCCUACACUUACGAUGUGUCUCCAGCAGCUGUGCAGCGCUUGAGGAACGUUGUUCAGAAGCUGGCCCACAGAGGAUAUACUUGGCAAGAUGACACAACUCAGGAGGUAAUCUCAAAAGAGCUUUCACAACUACCCAAGGUUCCUCUUGGAGGAUUUACAAACACCUUUUCUCGUUUCAAUGGCAAUUCCAGGAAGCUGAAGGCUCAGAAAGAAGAAGUGAGCAGGACACUGCAGAGAUACCUUCAAGGUUUCCUGCCUUCUGAUGUUGCCUCCUUCAAACAGAGUCCUCAAGGGCAGCAAGUGCUUUGGAAGUACAAGGGAGAUGGACCCCGUAAUCAUAAGGGUGUAAUCCAGCUCAAAGAGAAGCCUCCUUCACCUCACAUCUCCUACCUACAAGGCCGACCUGAUCUCCAGGCCAUUGUGGAACAGCCUCCCCCAGGUCGCUCAUACUUCACUGGUUUUGAACAGGAUCAUACUGGAGUCCCUCUUGCUGAGCUUCAGCAGUAUCAAGCUGGGCCCAUGAGAGCACAAGAUCCUGGUAAAGGUCAAACACAGGGAAAGCUACGUUACUUCAGCCUCCAGCGCACUCCCGCUACCAAAAUAGAAAAACUGCCAGGAGCUUCCAAGCAACCUCCAAAGCCCCAAAUCGAAAAAUUGUUUUUCAAAUCUUCACCAAGCAGCCCUGCCUACAAGGAGGACCUCAGUUCAGUAGAUGAGAAGUUUAUUGAUGGAGUGGUUAACCAGCUCGGGCGUCAGAGUGUCAAUGUGGAUACUUUGACCCCAAAGGACCUGGACAAGCUUUCCAAGGUCAUCACCCAGGCCCUGCAGGUGGUGGAUGGAGUGGAAGGAGUUAAAGGUAGAGAAGCCACACAGGAUGAAAAGGAGACAAAGAGGGAACCCAAUCAAGAGUUACAUCAGAUGGAGAAAGCAGGAGAUGACACCACACAUAAAGAAAAAGAAGAUACUGCCCUUAAAUCUGAUGAUAAGGACGAAGGUUUUAUCAGCCAGCUGCUGGAGUUCCUGGAUCAUAACUCUGGCCCUAGAUCUGCACGUCCUCCCCAAGCAGAAGAGCCUUUUCUGGGCUAUGUUGACCAGCCAAAUGCUGGAAGUCCGUUGAGAGCUAGUUUGGAGAAUGUCCAGAGCCGGACAACGCAGACAGAACUGGACCUGAUGAGGAAGAAAAUGGAACCUGACACUUUGGAUAUAGAGCCACUGGUGGACGCUGAGGUAGAUCAGUGGAUGCACGGCUCUCCAGAAAUGAAACCAGAGGUUCAACUAGGAAAAGAGCCACAAAAAAAUUCCAUGGAGAAAGAGGAGGUGGAAAAGAAGGGUGUGAGAGUGGAGGUGAAUGUUGCAACGUAUUCAAGUCCACAUGAUGGAGACUUUGGCUACAUUAUUACUGAAGAUUCGCUGUCCACUGAUCAGGGGCUGAACCUCAUGGAGCUCUUAGCUGAGAGAGUCAGCCUUCAUGUAACAGAUUUUCUACAGCUCUCGGUUCUGGGUCCAGCGGUAACCUUUCGAGUGCGUCCCAAUGCUCAAAACAUCAGCACAGCCCAGCUAGCCAAAGUGGCAGUUGAGCAGAAAGGACAGCUGGAGAAGGAGAGUGGUCUGCGGAUUCUUGAGGCUGGUCUGAGUGAUAGGGGCAAACUGAACCACAUCCCCGUGGUCAAACAGAGUCAAGUGGAGCCAGGCAACUUUUUGAUUCUGGUGGUGGUUUCCAUGGUUUUUAUUGUCAUGGUGUUGGGGAUGUCGGGCGCUCUGUACUGCUUGCGGCAUCGCUCCCACCAUAAGCUGAAGGAAAAGCUGGCUGGUUUGGGAAGCUACACAGGCCACGAUGCCACGGCAGCCUAUCAGGAUCUCUGUCGUCAGCGAAUGGCGGUGCAGACAUCAGAGCGUGGAGACCGAUCAGAGGUGUUUCAUCCAUCGCACACGUCACGCAUUAACAGCGUGUCCUCACAGUUCAGUGACGGACCGAUGCAGAGUCCCUCCGCCCGCAGCAGCACAUCCUCCUGGAGUGAAGAGCCUACCCAAACCAACAUGGACAUUUCCACUGGACACAUGAUACUGUCGUAUAUGGAGGAUCACCUGCAGAAUAAGGAUCGUUUGGAUAAGGAGUGGGAGGCUCUCUGUAGUUACCAGGCUGAGCCAGCAGCAUGUGUGGUGGGUCAGGAGGAACAGAAUGUCCAGCGCAACCGCCCACACGGCGUCCUUGUGUAUGAUCACUCCAGAGUCAUCCUGAAGCCGGAGAAUAACCAAUCCAGGUCUGAUUACAUCAACGCCAGUCCCAUUAUGGACCAUGACCCCCGAAACCCUGCUUAUAUCAGCGCUCAAGGUCCUCUUCCCUCCACAGUGGCAGACUUCUGGCAGAUGGUUUGGGAGAGUGGCUGUGUGGUUAUUGUCAUGCUGACACCUCUUGCUGAAAACGGCAUCAAACAGUGUCAUCAGUAUUGGCCUGAUGAAGGCUCCGACCUCUACCACAUAUAUGAGGUAAAUCUGGUCUCUGAGCAUAUCUGGUGUGAUGACUUCCUGGUGCGCAGUUUCUACCUGAAGAACGUCCAGACUAACGAGACCCGCACAGUCACUCAGUUCCACUUCUUGUCCUGGAUGGACCAGAAUGUUCCAGAGUCAGCUAGAACCUUGCUGGACUUCCGCAGAAAGGUUAACAAGUGCUACCGGGGCAGAUCUUGUCCAAUAAUUGUUCACUGCAGCGAUGGCGCUGGAAGGAGUGGAACCUACAUCCUGAUUGACAUGGUUCUGAAUAAAAUGGCCAAAGGUGCAAAGGAGAUUGAUAUUGCUGCUACCCUGGAGCACCUGAGGGACCAGAGAUCAGGCAUGGUACAGACCAAGGAACAGUUUGAGUUUGCAUUGACUGCUGUAGCGGAAGAGGUGAACGCCAUCCUGAAAGCUCUUCCUCAGUAAAGGAGACUUUCACAAACACUUCCGAACUAUCUUCUUCCUCUCUUUUCUGUGUAACCUGGAUGAUUAUGAAAACUGACGCAAUUUUAAGCUCUAUCCAAACUGCAUAAGACAUUUCUUUCUACUAAGUGUGUGUAAAAUUCUAUAGCAUUGAAAUAAUUGUUUAGAACGACAUUCAACUAGCCAACUAGGCAUGCAAUCAUAGAUUGUAUUUGCUGCUCGGAUUGGUGUUUACAUACCCGCUAGUUGUGCGUAUGAAAUAUCUGAAGUAUAUGUGUUUAUGUGAAGCAGAUGUGAUCUUACUGCAGUUAUGUUCUUAUACAGUGACUACACUUCAGUUUUGGAUGAGCAAUACUAAUGCGACAGUGAGAAUACUACAGUAUAUUACAGUUGUGAUCUCCCUUGCAUCAACUUUUGUUGUUGUGAUAUAUUGUUUCUAGAUCAGCUAGUAAACAGAUUGUAUUACAUAAAGAUAAAUCGAUUAUACAUACAGAAUGAACCGUGUGAUUAAAAAUGGUCUGCCAAAAUGUAAUUGUACAUAUUUUUGUGUGUGCGAUAUAAAAGUAACAAUAAAUCUGAAAAUGCUGAAGCUUGA